AUUAAAAUGUUUCAUUACAUGGACUGGAUAGAAAAUAACCGGAAAAAAGCAGCAGCCAAAGUGACUUGAAAUACAAUUCAGUGUCAGGUUAUAUUAUUUAAAGAUAACUGACAGCAGAAAGACUUAUUAGAGAGUCAUAUAUUGCCAUAUAUUAACUAUUAAAUACUCUAACUUGAAGUUAUUUUAAAGAUACCCUUUUUUUGUUAGUUGUGUGAAACACCCUGAAAGGCUGCUCUUCACAUUGUUCUUCCUUCUGUUGUUUUUAACCUGAUAGCUGCACUCAGGAAAUGGGCUAUCCUUUUAAAGUUUCAGAGGCUCAGGUGUCGGUGCAGACAAAGUAGAGAAUAAAUGUUUCAUGAUGAUGUGGGACGAUAGGAAUCUUUCACCUCACUGGGGUUUCAGUCUCUUUUACAUUGCCUGAGGUGUAACCUGUAAAAGAGAAAAGAUGUUUUCAGGUAGAUGUAUCAUUUUUCCUCCAUGCCCUCAAAAAACACUGAGAUUUGGCAUCAGCAUAGAACACUUUUUAGAAGUUGGGGAGGGACCUUCAUCCUCCUCUGAUUCACCAGUACAGGUAGCACAUAUAUAUAUAUAUAUAUAUAUAUAUAUAUUAUAUCAGAUGUAUUCAGAGUCAGAUAUGCUAACAGGUGUCAGGAUGAGGGUAGUAGUUCUGUUUGUACUGGGAGUACUGGGUUGCAGCCUAGCUGGAGCUCGAAUUGUGUCCAAAUGUGAACUGAGGAAUGAGCUGCUGCUGGCGAUGGAAAACCUGACUGACACGGUGAAGCAGUCAGGACUGGCUGGUGAAAAUCUGGUGGCCAAGAUUGUAUGUUAUGCGGGAGUGGCAUCUGAUUUUAACACCAGUGCAGUGAAUGAGCUGAGCCAGAAGAUGGGAGGCCGUCACAGCCAUGGGAAGAGGAAUGCUGCCUCUGGUGGCUUUUUCGGGUUGGCUGAGGAGGAAGGCCAACUGACCACAGUCCAGCCCCCGGUGCGAGGCCGACGCCACUCUAAUCUGCAGCAAAGUAGCGAGGAAGAGGAGGAGGUUUGGACCCAAUAUGGUCUUUUCCAGCUCUGUAAUGGGCUGAUCUGCAGUGAUGGCAUCACGAAAUCUCCCAACAUCUGUGGGAUAGAUUGUCUCAACUUGACUGAUGAUAAUAUAACUGAUGACAUCAACUGUGUGUUGAAACUCUUCACUGAUCUCGUUAAAAAUGGCUUCAGGUCAGCAAACUGGAAGGAGUUGAGCAAAGUCUUCAAGCUCAUCUUCCAGGAGCAUUGCAAAGAUAUACAAGCCUCUAAAUACUUCGCUGAGUGCUAAAGUCAUUCAUUUUGUGUAUAAAAUGUCUCUGGAAUGACCAGUCUUCCUUUAAAGAAUUUUUUAGGGAUUUAGAUGAAUAAAAAUAUGAAGCAAUGUG